AUGCCUCUACAAAAUAGUACCAUUACCUGCAUUUCAAUCCUUUCCCCUCUCAUUUUUCAGAAAAACAUUGCUCAUACUACUUUUUCUCAUUCUCUCUCAAGGCUUCCCACCAUACCGCUCUCAGCCAAGCCACAUUUUCUUCCUCUUUCCGUUGCUACAUCCAACUUCUUAGGUGGUGCCAAGAAAGUUGUUUUUUCUGUCCAAAGAAAGUUGUUCUUCAACAUCAUUCCCAUCAGUACUGGAGCUCCCAAAGAAUGUGUAUAUAUUUGUAAUACAUGGUCUGAUAAGUUGAAUGUAAUUCUUCAAUGCAAUCAUUACAUGCCUAUAGAAGCAGAAUGUGGUAUUUAUGGUGUCAAUAAUUCAGAAUGUAUAUUGCUGAAUUCAUUAGUUCUAAAGAUAAAAAUAGUUUUAACUUUUUUGACUGCAUUGCUCUUAUAA